AUGGCGGACGAGCAGCAGCAAGAGAAGCACCAGGAAGACAUGGCUGAAGCCCUGGCCCAGCAAAGCCAGCGGUUGAAGAGAGUCGCGGUGGCGAAACCUGCGGUGCCCACCGCCCGCCCCACAGCGGAAGAGCAGCGAUCGAGGAAGGAGGAGCGGGGCAUCAUCGAGGCCCACUUUCAGGUGAACAUGGACCGGUGGGCGCCGCUCAUCGCCGAGCACACGAUCCCGACUCUUGCGCUGCCGCUCACCCCGGCUGACGUCCGGGCGCUGCGGGAGCACAACACCACGCACGAGCAGGCCCAGCCCACACCCGAGGACGCCUCCGUGUUGAAGGAGCUCGAGUCGCGGCUGGAUGCAUUGGUGGCAGCGGUUGGCGGACAGGACAAGGGCUGUUUCGUGAAGCUCUCGUCGCGCUCGCCCAAGGACGUGACGACCAAGGGCGACAAGUUCGCAGCAAUCUACAGCUCCCUGCUCGACCAACGACGCCGCAGCGAUAGCUCCUCCGCGUCGUCCGAAGAAGCCGACAAGAACGCGCGGCUGGGCCUCCUGUACCGCGCGUCGACCGAGGCCAUGCGCGUCCACAGCGCCGCCGAGGGAAUCGCCCUGCUCCUGCAGAGCCGCCGCAUCUACUGGGACCUCACUUACUUCCUCGCCCUUAACGACGGUCUGGGGGCAGCCGACGAUGACGACGAGGACCGAGAGCGCGACAAUGUCGACGUCGGCGACCUGGCGAUCGUGGUCCGGCCAUGGGAGAACAUUGCGCUGCAGAACGAGUUCCGCGGCUUCGUGCACGGCGGCCAGUUCACGGCACUGUCGCAGUACUUCACGCAGCUGCACUUCCCCGAGUUGGUCGAGCGCCGGAGCGAGCUGGAGCAGCGCAUCGUCGCCUUCUGGCACCGGAUCCAGCACGCCUUCGCCGCCUACGACAAGUACGUGAUCGACUUCGCCAUCGUCGAGGAUGACCAGGGCAACGAGAAGAUGGUCGUGCUCGAGCUCAACCCAUUCAACAUCAGCACUGGCGCGGCCCUGUUCUCGUGGGAAUCGGAGGAUGACAGUGACACCUUGGAGGGCAAGCGGCCGUUCGAGUUCCGGGUGCGACAGACGCCCAUCGCCCACACCCUCCGCAACAAGCUUGCACCAGAGUGGCGUCCGCUUCUCUUCGCGGACCAAUGA